GGGCCCGUGAGAGGGGGGUGAAGCUGGUAUCUUUACACCAGGGCCCGGUCUCAAAGGGGGCCCGGCCUCAAAGGGGGCCAGUCACCCGACCAGGAGGGAAAAAAAUGGGAGAGUAAAUGGAGAGAGAGAGAGAGAGAGAGAGAGAGAGAGAGAGAGAGAGAGAGAGAGAGAGAGAGAGAGAGAGAGAGAAUACUAAUAUGCAAAACACACCAUAAACAUGAUAUGUAUAUAUAUAAUAGAAGUUUCUACAGUUUAUCAGUAAAAUAAUAGUUGUUGAAAAACUUUUUCUAAAUAAUCUUAAGCCUGGAGUGACACCACGUAAUUACGUAAAUGAAUGCAGCUCAGCUGUGUUGGAAUAUAAGCGAUGUCAACUCUCCGUCUCGCUCAGUCACCAUCAUUCUGUGGCAGGGUGUACAUCGUCUCUCUCAUUCCUUGGCAAAUAUUUCAACUGGCUGAGACUGCAUAAUGUAUUCUCACAAAUCAGGUGCACAGAAGCGGAAAGAAAAACAGGCUAGGGAAGAGGCUGUUUCAAAGUGUGCAAGAACAUUAUUUGAAGUGGGUGUUAAGAAAAUAGACACAAUAGACACUAAUGUAGAAGAACAGAAUAUCUUGCCCUCAUCCUCAGAGUCAGACCCCUCAACUUCACAGUCAUUAGUCCAGGAUGCCCAACAGGAAGCCGAAUCCGAUGUAAUAAAUGCAGAACCCAAAGACACUGAACAACAAAGAGAUAUAGGUUUGAUCCCUGAUAGGCCAUCUCGAGUGCAGAUUGAAGAUUUUGUUAGACAGGGCCCUCAGCCAAUGCCAAGUCAAAUUGCUUCAGAUGAUAAGGGUAACAGUUUCCCUUAUACAGUUUUGAAAGUUCAGAGACCAAAUGGUGAAACUGGAAAACGAGAUUGGCUAGUGUAUAGUCAGCGUAAAAGAGCACUUUUUUGUUUUCCUUGUCGACUGUUUAUUGCAGGAUGUACACAACAGCCAAAAACACCUUCAAAUUUGGCUUCAUGUGGCAUUGGAAAACAAUCGUCAUGGAAAAAACUUUAUAACCGCAUUCCAGAACAUGAGCAUACAAACUACCACAAACAGUGUUAUCUAGACUGGCGUCAGUUAGAAGCACGUUUGAAAGAGGAAUCUGGAAUUGAUGAUCAGUUACAGAGAUCAAUUCAGUCUGAGAAAAGUAAAUGGAAGCUAAUUCUAAAACGAAUCUUGGAUGUUGUACUGACUUUAGGAGAGCGAGGCCUUUCAUUUCAAGGAGAGUCUAGCAUGAUAGGUGAUACAAAUAAUGGAAAUUUUCUUGGUAUAAUUGAGCUGCUUUCUCGUUAUGAUCCCAUUCUUCAAGAUCAUGUAUCUAAAGUGAGAGAAGCUCAGAAGGAUGGGAAGCGUCUUCAGGCUCAUUAUCUUUCCUAUGCAUCACAAAAUGAAUUCAUUCAAUUAUGUGCCGAAAAGGUUAAAGACUGUAUUCUUAAUGAGCGUGAUUAGGCCAAAUAUUAUUCAAUAAUGGUUGAUGCUACCCCGGAUAUGUCACAUACUGAACAAAGUACAUUCAUCCUGAGAUACCUAACUUGUGAUGAAUGUGGUAAAUACCUGAUAAAAGAGAGAUUUCUUUCAUUUAUUGAUGACAGUAAGAAGACAGGGGCAGACAUUUCAGAGAUGAUAUUAAAAUUUCUUAGUGAUUCUCAUAUUCCUUUUGAAGAUUGCAGAGGUCAGGGAUACGACAAUGGUAGUAAUAUGUCAGGUGAGUACAAUGGAGUCCAGAGCCAUCUUAAAAGAAAGAAUCCUCUCUGCUUGUUCUCACCUUGUGGCUGUCAUUCCUUAAACUUGUGUGGUUCUGAUGCUGCUGCUUGUUGCAAAGAGGUAGUAACAUUUUUUGGGAUGGUACAGACAGUAUAUAAUAUUUGCUCGAGCAGUCCCAAACGCUGGGAGAUACUUAAGAGUCACAUUGCGGCAUCUCUUCACGGUUUAUCUGGAACUCGGUGGACAGAUAGAGUAGCUAGUGUCAGGCCCUUUGCACACCAUUUACCUGGUAUUCUCGCUUCACUUAAAGAAAUAUCCCAACUGAAGAGUUUAACAGCUAAAACUAAAGUAGAUGUGGCAGCCGCUAUUAAGUAUGUGUCUUCUUUUGAAUGUAUUUUGAUGGCUGCUUUUUGGUUCAAGUUAUUGAAUUCAAUAGAUCAGAGAAAUCAGGUGAUUCAAGCUCAGUCUUCUACUGUAGAUAUUGAAGUAAAAAACAUAGAGGACUUGGAAACUGAAUUGCAGUCUCUCAAAAAGAAGUGGCAUUUAAUUUAUGAUGAAGCCAAAGUUGUUGCAGUUGCCAUGAACAUUGACCCAGUAUUUCGAGUCACUCGGAAAGGAAAAAGAAAAUCCUUUUUUGAUGACUCCGACUCUGAUGAUGAUAAGGUAUCAGGUGAAGAUUCACUUAUACAGACAGACGAACAUAGGUUUAAGAAAGAAGUGUUUUUAAGGUUAUUGACACAGUAUGUGAGAGACUAAACAAGCGUUACCAGGCCAUCUUCCAGAUUAACAAACUAUUUGGGUUUCUGUGGUCAUAUCUUGAUAUGACUGAUGAAGUGAUAGUAAAUGAUUCUAAAAACUUUAGCACUAAGUAUAGCAAAGACAUCUCUAGUGACAAGCUAACUGAGGAAAUUCUGUACCUUAAGAAUAUACAUAAAGCCAAUUUAGAUGACAACUCUCUCUCCACUUCUGCUUCUUAAUAAGAUCACAAAAUUAAAACUACAAGAUUUGUUUCCAAAUAUAUGCAUAGCCUUGAGAAUUUUCUUGACGUUGCCAGUCACAGUUGCCUCUGCAGAAAGAUCCUUUAGCAAAUUAAAGUUGAUUAAGAAUCACUUAAGAAGCACAAUGGGACAAGAGAGAUUAUCAUCACUAAGUCUUUUAAGCAUUGAAAGUGAUUUGGCACGAAAGAUUGAUUUUGAUGAUUUAAUUGAGUGUUUUGCUGCUAGAAAAGCAAGGAAAGGAGUAUUUCUUUAAUAAUUAUACAUGUAUACUUGUAUAAAACAGUCACAUUUAUGAUUUAUUUAAUAUAGGGAAAUUUGAAUUUCAAAUUCAUCAAAACUUUAUUAUGCAUGAUAAUUAUACACAACAUGCAACAGGCCAACAGUGACUUACUGCACAAUGCCACUUUAAUGAGUUUCAUGAGUAAGUUUUGUUUAUCUCAAAUUAUACGAAAUGUAAUAACAAAAUAAGUUGUUAACUGCAAGUCAUAAAUAAAGCUCCAAUACGGCAAGAUGAACAGAAUUUACAUCCUACCAGUGAACAUUUAUGGCUUUAAAUUGGCUCUUAAAAUUGGUCAAAUUCUAAAAUCCUGAUCCCCCCAGCUGGAUGGGCUCACUUCGCUCGCCAAAUGGUAGGGGCCCAAUGACACUCAUAGUACCAGGGCCCAGUGAUGGCUCUCCCUGGCCCUGCGUGC